AUGGAGCCUUCAACAAACUUCGGCAUGCCCGUCACGCCGACCCACCUUCCAUCAGACACCUUCGACGAGCAGAGCCAACUAGGAAGACUUCCCAAUGGCGUCUACGUACCCAUGCUGGCCUUCUUUACGCCUGACGACGAGGUUGACAUUCCCGCGACGCAACGACACACGGCGCGCUUGCUCGCAGCCGGUGUAAGUGGGCUGGUGGUCCACGGCUCCAACGGCGAGGCAGUCCACAUGUCCCGUCAAGAACGCAAGUCUAUGAUCAAGGCGGUGGCCGACGCCGUCAGACACGAAUCAGACCAUGCUCAAAUGCCCAUCAUUGCUGGCUGCUGCGCCCAGUCCAUCCGAGAAACCGUUGAGCUGUGUCAAGAGUCGAAGGAAGCCGGGGCCACACAUGCCCUCGUUCUCCCACCAGGCUACUACGCUGGGAUUCUCAACAAGGACAUCAUUGUCGACUUCUUUCACAGCGUUGCGUCCAAGUCUCCCAUCCCGCUGCUUGUCUACAACUUUCCCGGCGCGGCCAACGGAGUCGACCUUGAUUCCGACACCAUCCUCCGCAUUGCCGCGCACCCUCGUGUUGUCGGUGUAAAGCUGACGUGUGGAAACACUGGAAAGCUCGCCCGCCUCGUUGUUGAUACACCAAAGGUUCGCAACGGCAAGCACGACUUUUUUGUUGCUGGUGGCAGUGCCGACUUUGUUCUCCAAGGCUUGGUCGUUGGUGCUCAUGGAACAAUCAGUGGCUUUGCCAACCUUGCCCCCAGAGCCUGUGUGAGGAUUGGGGAGCUUUUCGAGCAAGGGAAACUGGCUGAGGCAAGAGAUCUCCAACAUGAGGUUGCCAGGGGUGACUGGCUUGCCAUCCGCUACGGGUUCGUUGGUGUUAAGGCUGCGAUGCCAUACUUCCACGGUCAAGGAGAGUUGGCUUGCGUGGAGCCACGGCUGCCAUUCAAAUCGUUGGCGCAGGAUGGUGAUGCGGUCAAGGAGAUUCAGCAAGGCAUGGCUGGAGUGUUGGAGAUUGAGCAGCGACUUGUUGCAGAGGCUAUCGCUUAG